UUAUAUCUCUUCCUCAAUCUCUAUCUCUAUCUCGCUCUCGCUCUUGCUCUCGCCUCGGGAGGGCACCUGGGGAUUGGGAGGGAUCAUCGAUCGUUGUUGAUCGUUUUGUCGGUUUGGUUUGGCGAGGCUGCGGUGACGAUCGUGGUGAUUGGAGGAAUGCGCAAGUGAAAGCACAGAUAUAUUUCGUGUGGGGCAUAGCAUGAAUUGAAUUGAUCAUAAGAUAUUUAUUACAAUGGGGGGAGCUUGCUCGAGGAAAAGGGACUUGGUGGAUGAUGGUGAUCCCCGUGGAGCAGUUUCUGGGAGAUACAACAAAAGCGGCAGUUCAAAACAACUGAUGUUUGCACUGUCUCGCUCUAGCUCUGAUGCUCUUCAGAGGAGACAGGGAAAGUGCCCAUCUUUGAUGGAACUAUGUGUUCGGAAGAUUUGCGAGGACAUUGGGAGGUAUGAAAGCUUCUUUAUGCUCCCACGUGAUGUUAGUCAGCAAAUAUUUGAUGAAUUGGUGAGGUCUCGCCGGCUCAGUGAGACACAUCUUGAAGCAUUUCGGGAUUGUGCUCUUCAGGAUAUUCAUUUAGGAGAAUACCCCGGAGUGAAGAACAGUUGGAUGGACGUAAUCUCCUCCCAAGGUCAAUCCUUGCUGUCCCUUGAUAUCUCCUGCUCCGAUAUCUCAGAUUCUGGGCUUUGCCAUCUGAAAGACUGCUCCAACCUUCAGAACUUAAUAUAUAAUUAUUCUGAUCAAAUCUCAGAUCGUGGCCUGGAAUUCAUUUCUGGUCUUUCAAACUUGACAUCAUUGAGUUUUAAGAGAAGCAAUGCUAUAACUGCUGAAGGAAUGAGAGCUUUUGCCAACUUAGUUAACUUGGUGAAGUUGGAUCUUGAGAGAUGCUUAAAAAUUCACGGGGGAGUAGUUCACUUGAAAGGCUUAAACAAACUAGAGUCUCUCAAUAUUAGAUGCUGUAAUUGCAUUACAGAUGCAGACAUGAAGCCGCUUUCAGGGCUUACAAAUUUAAAAGAGCUGCAAAUGUCAUGCACUAAAGUCACUGAUGCAGGCAUUGCUUAUUUGAAGGGUUUACGCAAACUUACUCAUUUAAACUUAGAGGGAUGCCCUGUGACUGCUGCUUGCUUGGAGUUCAUCUCAGGAUUUAUUUCUUUACUAGAUCUGAAUCUUAACCGGUGCGGUCUAUCUGAUGAUGGUUGUGAGAAGUUUGCUGAUCUUGUUAAGUUGAGAUCCCUUAAUUUAGGGUUCAACAAUAUCACUGAUUCAUGUCUCGUCCAUUUAAAAGAUUUAAAUAAUCUGGAGAGCUUGAAUUUAGAUUCUUGCAAGAUUGGGGAUGAAGGCUUGUUGAGAUUGAAAGGACUUCUACAAUUGAAGAGCUUGGAGUUGUCAGACACGGAAGUUGGAAGCAAUGGACUCCGCCAUCUCUCUGGCUUAAACAAAUUGGAGAGUAUCAAUCUAUCUUUUACUUUAGUAACAGAUAGUGGUCUGAAAAAGUUAUCUGGCUUGACAUCCCUUAAAUCACUUAAUGUGGAUGAUCGGCAGAUUACAGAUGCAGGCCUGUCUGCUCUUACAAGCCUGACAGGAUUGACUCAUCUAGAUCUUUUUGGUGCUCGCAUUACAGACUUUGGAACAAAUUAUUUCCGAAAUUUCAAAAACCUGCGAUCUCUCGAGUUAUGUGGUGGAUCUAUAACUGAUGCUGGUGUGAAGAACAUCAAAGACCUUACCUCCUUGACUCUGUUGAAUCUUUCUCAAAACGGCAACCUCACAGAUAAGACCUUGGAAUUGGUUUCAGGAUUGACUGGCUUGGUUUCACUCAAUGUUUCGAAUUCUCGCAUUACCAAUGCUGGGUUGGUGCAUCUCAAACCACUGAAGAAUCUGAGGUCACUCUCUCUCGAGUCGUGCAAAGUGACUGCGACCGAGCUGAAGAAGAUUCAGUUGGCUGCUCUUCCCAAUCUGGUAAGCGUGCGACCCGAGUGAUUCGCACGAUCAAGACCAUGUAAAUAAAUCCCUAUCGUGGAUGGAAAGCACCCUGUAAAUUUGAUUUGCUUUCAGAACUGCAAAUGAAAGGACACCCAUAUAAAUAUAUGCCCAUAUUGGUGAUGGGUGUAGUGCGCUAGUAGGAGCGCAUGUAAAUAUUAACCUCUAUGAUUUCGUCAGGUUUGUGGCCAACCUAGUGCUGAAAGUGAAGCAUCUUUCAAAGCAUGCAAACAAUGCAAAAUGAAAGUGUAAAUAUAAUGCUUCCUCUGCACAACUUCUUGGUGCCGCCUACUUCUUGGAGCUGCUUUCUUGUAUAUAUAACCUUUAUCAAUCGUUGUGUCAUGUUAAGCAGUGAUCUAUCACCUGGGUAUGUUGUGACGUUGUUUAACUACUCUCUCAAGUGAUCUUUUAGCCA